AUGGGCAAGACCUCGUCCAACUCUCGCCUGAGUCUUCCUGGUUGCUAUGCCUGGGCGGUUGCGGAACUGGUUGGGCCGAUCAAUCUGCUCUACAUUCUCUACAGUCUGCCAGAUCGAGUCCGGCCCCGGCCACAAGCUGCGACGAGCUUCUUAGGCACAGGCUUGCCUGCCCAGAACGAGAUAUUGGCGUGCUUGUAUCUCCUUCACUACGUUAACCGCGCCCUUGUCAGCCCGCUUUACCUGAACCCGAGCAUGUCGCCCAUCCAUCCGUUUGUUACGGCGUUCAUGGGUAUCUUUCAGUUUACGAACUCGACAAACAUUGGGUGCUGGCUUGUGUACUCGACACUGACUGCCAAUACCGAGAGUCACGCCGUCGUCUCUUUCAGUUCGGCUCUCGGGAUCCUGUUCUUUCUGCUGGGGUUAGCUGGCAAUAUCUGGGCAGAAACGACACUGUAUGAUCUACGACGUGGAGCUGCUAAGAGGAAAGCCAAGUCAGAGGGCAAAGCGACGGUUAGCUACGACAAGGUCUAUGUGAUUCCUCCCGCUCAAGGAGCUUUCAAGUAUAUCUUGCACCCACAUUACGUCCUUGAGUGGCUCGAAUGGACGGGUUACUGGUUGCUUGGAGGUGUAUGGGGAUUGGGAUGGGGCGGUGAGAGUGCCGCUCUCUGGUUUGUGAUCUGUGAGGUUGUGACAAUGCUUCCUCGAGCAGUGACUGGCCGACAAUGGUAUGAAGACAAGUUUGGCAAGCGAGCUGUCGGAGGGCGCGCGGGAGCAAUCCCUGGGCCUAUCAGGCUGUGA